GUAAGCAGGGGAAGAAGGGAGCUCCUCUUGGUGAAAUGGAUGACCGUGUUACUUCAUGCUUCUGGCCAGGUUGAUUCGCCUUGCUUUGAAAAUCCAGAUUCUGCUCUACCUUUCUCCCUUUGCAUUGCCUUCACAUAUCACUUCAAGGAAUACUGCCAGGCUUAAAAUUUCGACAAAUAAUCCAAAAAAAUCUUUUCAAGUUGGCAUCUAUCAACAGGUUACUUGAAUUUCAAAUAGAGGAGCAGAAAUGCCACCACCAGCAGGCGCCCCACUACAUCCACCUCCUGAUGGAGGAUGGGGCUGGGUAGUGGUUGGAGCAUCUUUUAUCUCCAUUGGAUUUUCCUACGCAUUUCCCAAAGCUAUCACCGUGUUCUUCAAAGAAAUUCAGCAAAUAUUCAACACAACCUACAGUGAGAUAGCCUGGAUAUCAUCCAUUAUGUUGGCUGUUAUGUAUGCAGGAGGUCCCAUAUCUAGUGUUCUGGUGAAUAAAUAUGGCAGCCGACCAAUAGUGAUGGUGGGAGGUUUAUUAUGCUGUUUGGGAAUGGUCUUGGCCUCUUUUGCUACCAGUGUAAUAGAGCUCUACCUCACUGUGGGAUUCAUUACUGGUUUAGGUUUAGCAUUCAACCUGCAACCUGCCCUAACAAUUGUUGGCAAAUAUUUCUACAAGAAACGACCCAUGGCUAAUGGCAUCGCCAUGGCAGGAAGUCCUGUUUUCUUAAGCACAUUGGCUCCUUUCAAUCAGUUCCUUUUUAAUACUUUUGGCUGGAAAGGAAGCUUUUUGAUUUUGGGAGGCAUAUUGUUGAAUGCCUGUGUGGCUGGAUCCCUCAUGAGACCUGUUGAACCCAGAAAAGCUAAGAAGAAGUCUAAAAGUAAGACUGGCAUAAGAAGGAAUGACCCAGGUGUGAAGCAAGGCCAUAAGAAGAAGUCAGGAUGGGCAACAGUUAAUAAGUAUUUAGAUUUCUCCCUUUUUAAGCAUAGGGGAUUUCUAAUAUACUUGUCUGGAAAUGUCAUCAUGUUUCUAGGGUUUUUUGCCCCCAUUAUAUUCUUGGCUCCAUAUGCUAAGGACAAGGGAAUUGAUGAGUAUUCUGCAGCUUUCUUGCUGUCGAUUAUGGCUUUUGUUGAUAUGUUUGCUAGACCUGCUGGAGGAAUCAUUGCAAACUCCAAAUUUAUCCGACCCCGAAUCCAGUACUUCUUCAGCUUUGCAGUCAUGUUCAAUGGAGUUUGUCAUCUCCUGUGUCCACUGGCGGAGAACUACACAAGCCUGGUGUUAUAUGCUGUAUUUUUUGGUCUCGGAUUUGGGAGUGUUAGCAGUGUCCUCUUUGAAACGCUCAUGGACCUGGUUGGCCCUCAGAGGUUUUCCAGUGCUGUAGGACUCGUCACAGUGGUGGAAUGUGGCCCUGUUCUUCUCGGCCCUCCUCUUGCUGGUAAAUUGGUGGAUCAAACCGGACAGUAUAAAUACAUGUAUCUAGCCUGUGGAGCUAUUGUGUUCCUAUCAAGUGUGUGGCUACUCAUCGGGAAUGCUAUUAACUACAGAUUGCUUGCAAAGGAAAAGAAGCAGGAAGAAGCAAGCAAGAAGACAACGCAUUCACCUGAGUCCAGAGAAUGUGAACCCUUGAACAAAUCUGAACAUCCUGAUGUUAGCAUCAAAAGUACAAGAACAGAGAGUAAUCCUUCAGAAAGAGAAACUAAUAUUUAAAAAACAAGCAUCUCUAAAUAAAAGAUCCCUUGUACAGAAGAGAGUGGUUGUUAUCAGGAAUUUGCUCUGUAGAAGUGUAUAAAUGAUUUGUACUCUGUAUUUGUUUGCUUAAUUCACCAAGGAUAUUUACCCUAAGAACAUACUUUAAUAAAAUUUUUGAUAAACUGA